GUCAUGUGGUGGAGGAGUCAUGUGACUGAGGCAGUGCAGGCUGCUGCCAGGAGGAAGCUGGACUGUCUGCCUGCUGUCCUGCCAUGAUCGCCCUGCAGCUGCUUCUUCUCUGUGUCCUGCUCCUGGCAGGGGCGGACGGAGCCUGGAACCAAAGACAGAUCCGGAAAAAAAUCCACCAUCUGCGGCAGGUUCAGAACUUCAAAUCCUUCUACAGUCGUCUUGGGUUUCCAAAGGGAGCCCCCCUCUACGUGCCCCCGGUGGAAGGCUAUAUCACACAGCCCCUUGACCACUUCAACAGGAGGAACAAUGAUACGUAUAGACAGAGGUACUGGAUAAAUGAAGAAUUUUGGAAACGCCCUGAUGGACCGGUCUUCCUGUUUAUUGGAGGAGAGGGUGCAGAGUCUGAAUUCUCGGUCUUGGCAGGCGAGCACGUUGAGUUGGCUCAGAAACAUCAAGCGCUCCUGGUGUCCCUUGAGCAUCGUUAUUAUGGAGCUAGCAUCAAUCAAGAUGGAUUGACCCUGGAAGCAAUAAGGUUCCUGUCCAGUCAGCAGGCGCUCGCAGACCUGGCCUCCUUCCAUCUCUUCGUCUCUCAGAAAUAUAACUUGACUCAGAAGAACACUUGGAUUUGCUUUGGAGGCUCCUACCCUGGAUCCCUUUCUGCUUGGUUUAGACUGAAGUUCCCACAUUUGGUGUAUGCAGCUGUGGCCUCCUCUGCCCCGGUCAGAGCAGAACUGGACUUCACCGAUUACAACAAGGUGGUGGCCCAGAGCUUGUCCGAUCCAGUCAUUGGAGGAUCAGCCAAGUGUCUGGACAGAGUGAGGGAGAGUUUCCAAGAAGUGGACUCCAUCCUUCACACGUGGAACGUCUCGAAACUCGAGAAAGACUUCUCGUCCUGUUCGCCUCUGCAAGCCCCCGAUGAUUACGCAGAAUUUGUCAGCAACCUGGCGGAUAUAUUUAUGGGAGCCGUGCAAUACAACAUGGAGACGCCGGGCAGCGAUGUGAGGAAGAUCUGUGAGCGCCUAGUCGGUGCAGAAUCGGCAUACGAAGGGCUGAGACUUGUCAAUUCAGUGUACAUGGAUUACAUAGGACUGCAGUGCGUGGAAAACUCGCAUGAGAAGUCCUUGGCGGACCUGAGAAAUACAAAGAUAAAUCCGGUGGGAGUUGGGGAACGUCAGUGGUAUUACCAGACGUGCACAGAGUUUGGCUACUAUCAGACUUGUGAGGACAGUUCUUGUCCAUUCUCCCCACUCAUAUCCCUGAAGUCUCAGGUGGAUCUCUGCACAGAAAUCUUCCAGAUCCCGGCAGAGUCCGUCCGUCAGUCGGUCAAAUUCACCAAUGAAUUCUAUGGAGCCGAUCAUCCCAAGUCCAGCAGAAUAAUCUUUGUUAAUGGUGACAUAGACCCCUGGCACGCCCUCAGCGUGUUGAAGAACCAGUCUCGCUCGGAAAUCGCCAUCUUUAUCAACGGGACUGCCCACUGUGCAAACAUGGGCCCUUCUCGCAGCACCGAUCCUCCAUCCCUGCAGAAAGCUCGAGAGGAAAUUGCCAGUAAAAUUGGCGAAUGGCUACAAAGCGCUUGGAGGACAGAGUGACGUUCAAAUACCCCAAAAUGUUUUAAAAAUCACUGGAAAAAAAAAAAAAGUCUAUGUGGAUUUUAACCAAUGCAAGCAACGCUAGUGGCUGCCGUCUAUAAUGCGAGGAGACAAUGUGCAAUGCGGCUGAAAAUGAUUUUGUCAUUUCUAGAAUAAAAGGAUUUGUCCACCAUUGCUGCAAUUCAUCUAAAAAUUUUUAAAAAAGAAAAUGAUUUGUGUAUAGUCUUGAUAAAAAAAAAAUCUCCUACUGUUUGGUGUCUACAGCUGUAAUUCAGACCUAUGUGUAUCCAUGGUUACAGACUACAAACGCUGUGUAGUCUGACCCUGCAGUGCUAACGUACGUUUGGUAGGUUAGGUUAGGUUAGCUAGAAUGGCUGACCUCAGACUACGCAGGGUUUGUAGUCUGUAACCAUGGAGACACAGAGUAGGCUUCAAAGAGUAGGCGAGGUUUAAGAUAAAUUUAAUAAAUGACCCCCUAUGUGUCAAGUUUCUUUUAAAUUGUAGAUGCAUUGGAGCAAUAAACGAGGGACUUGUAAGGAAAUUGUUCUCAGGUUUAUUUUUUUAUUCUUACACAGAUAUUAAAGGAGUUGUCCAGCUGGUGAUUUAAAAAAAUAAUAAUUUGUAAACAAUUUUAAAGGGUCAGAACGGCAUAAAAAAAAGUAAUGCUCGCGUCAAACCCCCAUUUUGGCGCUGCCCUGGUCCCCCGCCGGUCUCUAUGCUUUGGCCUGACCCCUAUUCACACACAGGAAAUGACUGCUCAGGCAAUCGCUGGCUGCAGCAGUGACUCACCUCAGUCAGUGAUUGGCUGAGCAGUCAUUUCCUGUGCGUGGACGGCGACCAGGAAGUAAAGAUCAGCGGCCAACCGGGAAACAGUGUCAGGGAUUGGUCAAAAAUCACUUUAUUUUUAAUGUCUUUCUGACCCUUUAAAAUAAAUUAUCGGCCGGGAAUCCCCUUUAAGGAGUUUAGGCGCGGAUAACGGGCUGAGUGACCACCAAAGGUAUUUUACAUUUUGUAUUUUUCUAUGGUUUUAUAUACAUAAAAAUCUAUUAUGUGCCAACCUGUGAUGAUCAAUUUUGUAAUUUUUGUUCUUUGUUCUCAAAAUAAAUUAUUCCAAUAUUGA